CAGUCUAAAGUAAGUUAUUUUUGCAGGGUGCGUUAUGACUCCUCAAAACAUAACUCACAUAUAUAUUCUCCUAAGCUAAAAGCUUCAAAAAUUCUCCUUUACCCUCCAGAAGUCCCUCUCUUCCUUACCUCUGCUUCUCUCUCUCUCUCUCUCUCUCUCUCUCUCUCUCUCUCUACAACUAGACCUAAAAACACCAUGUCCAUUCACCCCCCCUCUCUCUCCUCUCUCCUAACUUUCUUCCUCACCAUCUCUACCCUCCCGCACAUAUCAACCCCUUCCACCCAAUCCUUCCUCUACGGCGGCUGCUCCCAGCAAAAAUACGGCCACGGCACGACCUACGAGUCCAACGUCAACUCGCUCCUCACCUCCCUAGUCAACUCAGCCUCCUCCUCCAACUUCAACGAGUUCAAGAUCUCCGUCCCCGGCUCCACCCAGGCCGACAUCGUCUACGGCCUCUACCAGUGCCGCGGCGACUUCCAGAACCUCGACUGCCGCAGCUGCGUGGCCCGGGCAGUGAGUCAACUCGGCGCCCUCUGCCCCGACGCGGCGGGCGCGGGGUUGCAGCUGGAAGGGUGCUUUGUGAAGUACGAUAGCACUGCCUUUUUGGGUGUGGAGGACAAGACUAUGGUGUACAAGAAAUGUGGGCCGUCGAUUGGGUAUGAGUCUGAUGGGUUGACUCGUUGCGAUGCUGUGAUGGAUUAUCUAGCGGCUGGGAGCCAGUAUUUUAGGGUUGGUGGGUCCGGGCAAGUCCAGGGUAUGGUUCAGUGCGUGCAGGAUCUGAGUAUGAGUGCGUGCCAGGAUUGUUUUUCGGAGGCGAUCGGACGGUUGAAAACCGAGUGUGGGUCCGCUGCAUGGGGUGACGUGUUCUUGGGGAAGUGCUACGCGCGUUUCUCGGAGCAUGGGGUGUACUCGACAGGCGGUGAGGGGUUCGGCUGCGGGCGGCAACACCGUUGGUGGUUUGUGGUUAGUGGGUUUGUGAUGCUUUGGUGAUACUUAUAAAUCAAAAAUGUUACUCAUACAAUAAUCCAAAUAUAACCUCUCAUAUACAUGUGGGCUUAACACACACUACUAUGUGUGGGCCCCACAUAUUUGCGCGAGAUUGUAUAAGUUGUUGUGUUUGAAUUGUUGUGUGAAUAGUAUACUUAUAAAUUGUAAAUUAACCUUGACCUAGCAUGGUGAUUUUGGUAAAUUUAACGUGCGUGAGUAGUUUUUCUUUCUU